ACUGUUAUAGCUUGCUUACUCUCCAUGGUCGACAGACUGGCAACAUUAAAGGAUAAGUUAAAGAAAGGAUUGAUGUGUUUAAAAUGCUACGAAAAGGAACACAAAAAGAUGAUGGUGUCACUCAUAUUUUGUUUAAUAAGUAUCGGAAUAUCAGUGAUGUUCCAUGUUUCCUGCUUUUAUUUCGCUGUAAAUGCGGCUAUUGCUGUUGCUUUACCGUGUGUUUCUUCAUUUCUUAUGGACGCAAUAGUGCCUCUGAUACAACCAGCCUCAAAGAUUCCAAAACCAGUGGUGAAACGAUGUAAUAUGAUUCGGAAUGGAGAUGUCAUUACCUUCCCCUAUAUUGGGCUGAAUCACGAAGGUGUUGUAACGAGUGUUUCUCCUUAUAACACACACGAUUUACACGAAGUAAAAUUAACGCUUGUUCAUUUUAACUAUCCAGGCUUCUUUGGCACUCGAACUGUUGUCAAAGAAGAAGUUUUCUUUAAUUUGAAAAAAGAUUAUGUUUACGUGUACGAUUUCAGCCAGGAAAACCCUUUUCGAUCGCAAGAGGUAGUUAAAAGAGCCUUAGACAGGGUUGGGGACCAGAAGUUCUCUACUUUUUCCAACAGAUCUAGUCAUAUGUCAAGACAAUGCAAGACUGGGAAAACUGAGUUAAAGACACUGCCAUAUAAGAGAGCUACAGAGAUGGCAAAUAUUUCUCCUGGAGAUGUUAUUGAUUUCACGUAUUGUAGCAUGUCUCACGAAGCCGUUGUUGUCAAGGUAGAAUAUCCAGAAACAAUGAAAUGUUCGGUGGUGCAUUACAACUAUGCUGGGGUCAUUGGAACUAGGACCAUAGUAGAGGAAGAUUUAAUUUUCAAACUUGCAGAUCAAGACAUAUUCGUUCACGAUUACACCGGCUGUAAUAUUCAUGCACCGGAAGAAGUAGUUAGAAGAGCAAAAUCACGACUCGGUGAACAAAAGUUCAACACUUUCACAAACAGGUCAAGUCAUUUUGCUAAAUGGUGUAAAAUUCACGAAUAGAUAGUUAUUUUGAAACAUUUACCAAACAAAACUGGACAUUGUAGAUUUUUAGUAAAAAAUCUGAUAGACUUAGUGUAAACGUGCUUGAAAACUUUCAAUUUGCAUAGUUUAAUAGUUGAUUUUCAUCUGUUAUCCAUUGUCUUUGGUAAUAUAAAUGCUGAUUCAAUGCUAGAUAUGUUGAAACAUAUGUGCAUGUAUAUAUUAUGCUUUUUAAAUGACAUAA